GCCAGCCAGAACCAGCCAGCCGGGCGGCAGUUACGUCGCGACGCAUCCUUACCUUGAACCACCAACCAGGUGCAAACGAACAGCUUGCGUCGUCCUCAUCCCAACCUCUCCGAACAGCUUGCCGCAUUAUUCACCUCCCUACCGAUCCGCGCUGCAUAUGAUCCCCCGCAAACCAGCAAUUUCCUGCUGCCUUUAGCGGACAGGCUCAUUCAUCAAAUCGUCAGCAGCUCUGAAACUAAUCAUCCGCCGAGCCCCAGGCCCGGGGAAGAGCAAGCUUGUUCCCAACAUGGCGUCGGUCCCAGCUCCGCCCGAGGACCAGGCUCGCCUGCUCGAGGAUGCCUUGAUAGCUGUGCGCCAGCAGACGCAAAUGAUGCGCAAAUGUCUAGACACUCCAGGGAAGCUAAUGGAUGCGCUCAAAUGCUGCUCGACCCUCGUAUCGGAGCUUCGGACAAGCAGCCUAGGUCCCAAGCAAUACUACGAACUGUACAUGUCCGUCUUCGAUGCGCUGCGCUACCUCUCCGUCCACCUCCGUGAGAACCACCAAGUCAACCAUCUUGCCGACCUCUACGAGCUAGUCCAGUAUGCAGGCAACAUCAUCCCGCGGCUGUAUCUAAUGAUUACUGUGGGCACCGCAUACAUGGCCAUUGAUGCGGCCCCCGUCAAGGAGCUCAUGAAGGACAUGAUGGACAUGAGCCGCGGCGUCCAACAUCCGAUCCGCGGCCUGUUCCUGAGGUACUAUUUGUCUGGCCAGGCAAGGGAUUUUCUGCCACAAGGCGAGGGCGACGGUCCCGAGGGCAACCUGCAGGAUUCGAUCAACUUUGUCCUGACCAACUUUGUCGAGAUGAACAAGCUGUGGGUACGGUUGCAACAUCAAGGCCACUCGAGGGAGCGCGAGCAGAGGACGCAAGAACGAAAGGAGUUGCAACUGCUUGUCGGCUCAAACCUGGUGCGCCUUAGCCAAUUGGUCGAUCUGGAGGCCUACAAGACUGCUAUCCUGGCACCCCUGUUGGAGCAGGUUGUGCAAUGCCGUGACGUGCUGGCGCAAGAAUACCUGCUAGAGGUCAUUACCCAGGUCUUCCCCGACGAAUACCACCUACACACACUUGACCAGUUCCUCGCCGCGGUCUCGAGACUAAACCCACACGUCAACGUCAAAGCUAUCGUUAUAGGCUUGAUGGAUAGGUUGUCCGAUUAUGCCGAGCGUGAGUCCCAGAACGAGCCCGAGGAGGACCGGGAAACAAUGGAGGCAGACGCAAUAGCAGAGCUGCUGGAGAAGGUCAAGAUCGCCAGAGAGAACGCAGAGUCAUCAGGCCCGCCACCCCCUCCGCCGCCUGAAGAGCAUAAACGACUAGAAAUGGAGGAUGAGAACAUUGCCCGGACUGAGGCGGAUGUUGAUUCAACCGCCGAAACGCUUGGACAGGAUGGGCAAUCCAUAGCUGACAGUGAAGCCACCGCCGUCAACGGGCAGGAUGGAGAGGGCAAUGGCGAGCAACAGGAGCCAGUAAAGAAACACAGGGGAAUACCCGAAAAUGUAAAGCUCUACGAGAUAUUCUUUGGCCAGGUCAAGAACCUCGUACAGGCUCAACACCUCCCCAUUCAGGACACAAUCGCAUUGCUAGUGUCACUAGUCAACCUUGCGCUCAACAUCUAUCCCGGACGUCUGGACUACGUGGACCAGGUCUUGGAGUACGCCACCACCAAAGUCAGGGAACAUGCCAACAGCCCUGAUUUGCACUCGCCUCCCGCACAACAAAGCCUCCUGGCUCUACUCCAGGCACCUCUGAAGAGAUAUGUGUCCAUGUUCACUGCUUUGGCUUUACCGACAUAUGUUCCUUUAUAUCAAGCACAGACGUACCCCACGCGACGAGCAGUAGCUGGCGAGGUGGCUAGAACCCUGCUUCGCGAUCGCAUACAGAUUUGUACAGUCGAGCAGCUCGAAAACGUGCUGGAGAUUCUCAAGGUGUUGAUAAAAGAGGGAUCACACCCACCACAAGGAUACCCAGGUGUGGCGCCGGCCCGGCAACGCGUCAUGGAGACGGAUGAGACGCUUGAGGAGCAGGGCUGGCUUGCCCGCAUCGUGCACUUGCUGGAUUCCGAAAACAACGACACGCAGUUCAAGCUCUUGCAGAUGACACGCAAGGCGUAUGGCGACGGCAAUGACCGCAUUCGCACAACAACACCGCCGCUGAUAACGGCAGGUAUGAAGUUGGCCCGUCGCUUCAAGGCACGGGAACACUAUGACGAUAACUGGUCCUCGCAAUCUUCGGCCCUGUUCAAGUUCUUGCACUCUGCGAUUUCGACGUUGUACGCACGCGUCAACGGUGCCGGAGCAGCUGAACUCUCUCUACGUCUUUUCUGCGCCUGUGGCCAAACAGCCGACGCAGCCGGAUUUGAAGAGGUGGCAUACGAAUUCUUUGCACAGGCUUUCACUGUUUACGAGGAAGCCGUAUCGGAUUCGAAAGCCCAGUUCCAGGCAGUCUGCGUGGUGGCCAGCGCCCUGCACCAGACGCGCAAUUUUGGCAAGGAGAACUAUGAUACUCUGAUCACAAAGUGCGCGCAGCACUCGAGCAAACUGCUUCGCAAGCCCGACCAAUGUCGAGCCGUAUACCUGGCUAGUCACCUGUGGUGGGCCACACCGAUUGCAGCCAAUGGGGAGGAUGAGAACACCGAGUUGUACCGUGAUGGCAAGCGCGUGCUCGAAUGUCUGCAGCGGGCUCUCCGGGUGGCAGACUCGUGCAUGGAGACUGCAACAUCAAUUGAGCUGUUUGUCGAAAUCCUAGACAGAUAUGUUUAUUAUUUUGACCAACGCAACGAGUCGGUCACAACCAAAUACCUCAACGGCCUUAUUGAGCUUAUCCACUCAAAUUUCGCCGGCAACCAACAAGACUCUGCAUCUGUCGAAGCUUGCAGGAAACACUUCCAACACACCCUGGACCUUAUCCGAAGCAAAGAGUACGAGGGAAUUGUGUUGGAUCCCAAGUGAAGUUAUACUAUUUUGAGUUUGUGGCAUCUGGGGGGACGAGACGGUGUACAAAGCUGUAUAUCCCCGGGUUCUGUAGACGGGCUUUUUUUCUUCUUUUUCUUAAUUCCACGCCAUGUUCCAGAUAAAGAAAGUUUCAAAGCUUGUCGAGAGCUAGCGUUGGAGUUGGUGAAUGAAACUAUAUAUUAUUUUCUGUCUUGUCCCUAUUGUACUGUAGAUACUGUUUUGAUCGGUGACGCUUUCUUCAACGGGCGGAUGUGUUCAAUUCAUUUGAAUCGAGACACGCACGAAGGCACUGAACUGCGCCAGUUCAGUUCAGCCUUGGCUUCAUAAUCCAAGCUUGGCCAGUUGGGCACACGGGGGCAGAUAUUGGCGCUGAUCCAAGAGAAGAGCAUGGGAAGAAGUGAACAUGCAUGAUUUGCACGCUGACCUGGGAUAGCUAGAAUAGUAUUUACCUCAAAAUUGCAAACCAUAGAUUCCCGAUUCGC